UCUUAUUUAGAAUAUAAAAUAUGGAAUUAACAGUCUUAUUUUGUGUAUGGUACCCAUUAUCACAGUGAUAUAAAAUGACUGAAAGUGAGAACGUUUGUCGAGCAUGUCUAGAAUCUGUAGGACCAUAUUAUUAUGUCCUAUUCGAAAAUGUCUCUGCAUAUAUGUUUUGGUUCUGUACACAAAUUCAGAUUGCCGAACAUGAAUCAUUGCCAAAAGCGCUGUGUACGAAAUGUUAUGAAUUAUUAUCUAAGUUUGCAGCGUUUAAACAAAAGUGCAUUGACUCCCAGAAUUCUUUGCUCAAUGUCAAAAAUGUUAAGUCAGAAGCUGAUUGUACUGGAACACCAAAAGACACUAUAAAUGAGCAGACAAACCUUGAAGAACACAUAAUUUUCAAGAAAGAAAAUCAAUUUGAUGAGAAGCUGAAAAACGACACAUUCAAAUAUGAAUAUGAAAACUUUGCAAGUGAUGAUGAUGAUGAACAAUUAGAUGUAAAUAUUUGCAAACAGCAAAAUAAUGAUAGAUUGAAGAUACCUGAGAAAAUAUAUACAUAUCAUUGUGAACUAUGUGAUAAAAGAUUCAUCAGAAACAAGAGGUAUGAAAAUCAUAAAAGGACACAUGAAAGUGAAGGCUUAUCAUGCAUGUCAUGUGACAAGACGUUUAAAACAAAGCGAGGGUUGAGAGAGCACCAAAAGAAUGUUCAUUCACCAUGGAGUUUCAAUGAAACAAAAUGCAGGUUGUGCGGCAAAGUGUUUAAGAGUAGGAACUCAUUGAAGCAACAUGAAAUAAGGCAUGGCGAAAGGAAGCUGUAUAUAUGUGAUGUUUGUGGAAAAAAGUGUUUGUCCAAAUCUUAUUUAAAGAUCCAUCUCGAGACGCACAACGAGAAGAAAGAGCGCAACUACGGCUGUGAUAUAUGCAACAAGAAGUUCUUUUCGAAGAUGUACUUAAAUACCCAUAUCCACCGAGCUCACACAGGACGCCAGUACACAUGCCAGCUGUGCAACAUCACAUACAAAUACAAAGACAACUUAGUGAAACACCUCCUCACACACGAGGGCAAGAAGUUGUUCAAGUGUGAUUAUUGCAACAAGUCGUUUUCAACCCGCAAAUACUGUGUCGAACAUCAGCGUGCGCAUUCCGGUGAACGGCCUUUCAGUUGUCUGUACUGUCCGAAAAAGUUCAUGAACAAGAGGCAUCUGAGUGAUCACCACAAGAUACACACUGGGGAGAGGAAACAUAAGUGCGCUGUUUGCGAGCAAAGCUUUACACAGAGAGGGACUAUGAUGCGACACAUGAAAAUUCAUAAUAAAGCCCCUUUGGCUUGUUGACAAACUACAAACAUGGAGGGUAUAUAUAUAUGCUAUUAUUAUAUUCAAAUUCAAAUUAUAUUUAUUUGCAAGAAUGUAGUUACAAAUUAUAGAUCUUAUUACAAUAUUCUGCGGCUAAUACAUUCUACCCAAAGUUUGGGUGUGCAAAUAAUAUAUAUUUACUACAAUAAAAAAUGCUUUUGUUAAAAUAAAACAAAGUUGUAUAUAAUAUUAAUUUAUUAUCACUAAUGGACAUUUAAUACUCAACGCAUUAUCAAAUUUAGUUUGUUUUUCCCAAAAAUAUUUACUUCCUGUAAUUAUCUAUUGUUAAAAGAUUUAAAUACAUAAUAUUUUUAUUUACAGACGAAUAUAAUAAACUAUAGUAUUUUUAUAAUUAAAUAAAAUCGAUAUUUAUAACAAUGUACAAAUUCACAUGUUUUAUGUACUUCCACACAGUUCCCACAGUUUAUGUAUUAAGCAUGUAUUUACAAUAUUUACAUAAUUAUUAUUAAUAACUGGCUUAAUGAAAUAUUACACAUUUAUAUCACAAAAAAUAUUAAAAAGUAAGAACCAUUAGAUAAUAACUAUAAGACUAAACAUCACAAAUACUGGAACAAGAUCUUAUAUGAUAAGAUAUUAUGUGAAUAAAAUUUUGUCAUCCUG